AAGGUGAUAUCAUCACCAACCCAGCCAAGUAUGCCCAUAAUCUCUAAUUACUUUCAAUUAUCAUACUUGUGAUUGCAAAGUAGUCAGUUCACGUUCAGACUUCACUCUGUUCAUAACUCGGUUCAUCACUCGGUUCAUCACUCGGUUCAUCACUCGGUUCAUAACUCGGUUCAUCGUUCGGUUCAUUUAUCGUUCAACAGUAUUGUCGCGUCAUCAAAUAAUACUGUGAUAUUACUGAAUUAAUUAGAAUCAAUAUCUAACACUAAAAUUGUGUUGAUUUUACACAAAAUAAGUGUUAACUUACUUAUUAUUUGAGUUUGAAUAUAAAGGAUAAAAAAGAACGUUCAUUUAACAAGAAGUGCUCAUAAAGUAAUAAAUAAUAAUAAUUAAUAAUAAAAAUGGCUGCUAAUGAAGUAAAAAUUAAGAUACCAAAACCAACAUAUGAAAAUAAAAUUUGGAAAGGCGUUGAAAUAAAUUUACCUGAAGAAUAUUUUCAAAUUGGAGAAAGAUUGUAUAAUCAACUCAAAAAUAAUCCAGAUUUUGUCGGACAGAUUGAUAGUGUGACUGGUGAAAAAAGUUUGUUCACUAAUAUAAGCGAAAGAAGCAUCAAAUGCGCUCUAUGGUUAAAAAAACAAGGCGUAAAGCCUGGAAGUGUUGUAAGUUUUUGCUCAAAAAAUCAUUUUGACAGAUGUGUCCCAUUAUUUGCUACCUAUUACCUUGGUGCAAUUUUUAAUCCGUGGUGGGAUUGUUGUCUCACUGAUGAGCUUGUAAAAUACUUUGUAAAGUCAUAUCAGCCGAAAGUUUUAUUCAUUGAUGAGGAUUUGGCCGAGAUAAUUGUUAAAGCCGUCCAGCACGCAAAUCCUUCAGUUAAAAUAAUUAUAUUCGGCAAAAAAGCUGGAUUAAAAUCUUUCGAAGAUAUUUUACAGGAAGAUAUUAAUGAAGUAGAUAAAUUUCAGUGUGUAAAAAUCAGCAAAGCUGAUGAUCCAGCGCUGAUUAUGUGCACAUCAGGAACAACUGGAUUUCCAAAAGGAGUGUUGCAUUCUUAUGGAUCUGUAGCACAUACAAUAAGCUUAUUUCCAGUCAACACUACGACUAAUACGGUUUUAUCUUUCUCUACUCUCUGUUGGAUAUCUGAACUGACAUUUGUUUUACGAUCAGUUAUUUCAAAAACUACUGUGAUUAACAAUAAUAAUUUGGGUGUUGAAGAUGCGUGUAAACUUGUUGAAAAAUAUAAGGUCACUAGAGUUCCAAUGGGAACACACAUUGCUAAUCGGUUUAGUAAAACUCAAGAUAUUUCCAAAUAUGAUGUCACGUCAGUUGCAGAAGUGGUAUUAUUCGGAGCAAGUACAACAAAAGAAGUUAUUCUGUUUUUGGAUAAUUUCUUUGAAAAUGUAGAUAUUUACAACGCUUAUGGAUCCACUGAAAGUUUUAUAGUUACCAUUGGAAAGGUUGAUUCAAGCAAGUCAAACUCCUGUGGUAAAAUUUGCCCAAACGCUCAGUUAAAAGUUGUUGAUCCAGAGUCCAAAACUACGCUAGGAUUUAAUCAAACAGGAGAGCUAUACUGUCGGAGCAAGUCUUUAAUGACCGGCUAUUGGAAUAACUCAGCAGCAACUGAAGAAGUUAUCGACUCGGAAGGAUGGUACCAUUCUGGUGAUUUGGCUUAUUAUGAUGAAGACGGUAAUUUCUUCAUUGUCGAAAGAAUAAAGGAACUGAUAAAAUAUAAACUUCACCAUGUAUCUCCAGCAGUAAUUGAGAAUGUAAUAUUAAAUUUGCCCGGAGUUGCAGAAGUAGCAGUGAUAGCAAAGCCAGAUGAUAAUGAUGUUGAACUACCUAUGGCGUUUGUUAAAAAAAAUUCACCAGUACAAGUUACUGAGGAUGAUAUUCAUCAAAUAGUCAAUGAUAACUUACAUGAUAUAAUGAAACUACGAGGAGGAGUUUAUUUCUUAGAAGAAAUGCCGCAUACUGUCACUGGAAAAAUUUCAAGAAAAGAACUCCGGGCAAUGGCUAAAACUUUUGCAGUUUGAAAAAAUCAUUUAAUAAAUAUGAUUAUUAAAAAAA